CGACAAACCGCAUUCCGCAGAGGGCAACAAGCCACUGCACAUUUGCCCGCACGCAAAUCGAGCGACCUUCACUCCUGCUCGCAACAUGAAGGCGCUGGCACAUCGACUGCGUGGCCGCCGCGCCAGCAGGAGAGACGACGACCUCGUCGACGAGACGGAGCGCAGCUUCCGCUUCGAAGAGGCCGUCAAGGACGACACCAGACACGCAAGAGCGCCAAGUGACCAACCGACGACUGCUGAGCGUCGCCGUGACGACAACUGGCGCAAGAAUCGCGGAAUCAACAGCAAAACUGGCAGUUGCAAUGCGUUGGCGGCUCUAGCCGCGGCGCCCGCCCAUCCUUCUGAUAAUGCAGACGUCGUACCGCCUUCAUUCGUCAAUUCGCCGCCUUUGGAGCAGCGCAAGGUGAAGCCACAAGGUCGAACAGCGUCUGCGCCCAAUAUGACUCAAGUCGACAGUCCACAGCAGCAACAGAGGCUGGCUAGAGCACAUUCCAACUCCCGAGCGAACAAGGCAGCGGCAGCCGCGGCGUUGCGGUCCAAUAGCGGUCUCACUGACGACCAAGUCAUCUGCAUGUCGACUUCUUCGUCCAGUAGCCACAGUCAAAACAGCAACAGCAGCAUGGGACGCCGUACUCGGUCCAGACAUGGCGGAUCUAUCAGCUCCAAUGCCAGUUUCCUCUCCGUCAGUACGCAGAAGCCAGAAGUGGCGGUGGAUGUACGCCACAGCGGCUACUUGAUGAUCAAGCGCGGUCUGCUCAAGGUGACGGACAAACGCUAUUAUUUCGUAGCGCGUUGUCGACCGGAGCUGUAUUCUUGUAAAGACGAGACGUCGUUCAGUCUGUGGUUGGCGUCCGGACAUCCGUUGGAUCCCCACGGUGGAGAUGCUGUCGCUAAGGCCAGUGGACUGAGUCCAGUGCUGGUGGGCACCGUGUUGCGUGCUGAUGGAUUGUCCGAGGAAGGAGGAAGUAAUCAGUCAGACAAGGUGUUCACGGUCAUGAUCGGGUCAGCUUCUAAGUGCAUUACACUACGCCUUGCAGCCGAGAGCAGUGACAAGGCGACGCAGUGGCUCGAAGCGCUGCAAGAGGUGCAGGUUACCAAGCGAGAAGGCAGCAGACCCACCAGCAAAUUAGGGUCUGCGAUGGAUAAGAGGAUGUUGCUGUCUUUGGGCGAGCACGAUGCUCUUCGUGGAGCGGACUCUAUCCCUGUUUUAGAGAAAUCGAGUAGUGAUCACAGCGAUACGGACGUUGAGAACGUGACAGGCGAAGUUGUACUGGUUAUCGAUGAAACUAGCGAAGACAGUGAGCCAGUGACAACGAGGCCUACGUCGACGUCGAAUGCAAAGAUGCCACGCGUAUAUGCAGGUGGCAAACUUCAAAGCAAACCGCGUACUGAAGACGAUGAGGCCACAGCCGUCUCGACACCUUCUUCCCAAGCAGGAAACUCUCCGACAUCGACGUCAGAACAGGUGGAUCAUCCCGCCUCACAUCCUUCACGACUGCAUCGGAUGGACUCGGUAACAUCGAGCUCGUCAACGACAUCGGGGCAAUCGCAGAGCAGCAACGGCAAUGUGCUUCUCUUUGUGCCUGUAGCCGGGUCUUCACUUACAGCGUCGGCAUCCAGGAUGGCAAAGGCCCAACAAGAACUGGACGCACUUGUUGCAAAAGGUGCUAAGCUGCCAUCGCGUGUGAUGCAGAGCCCUAGAAAUGGUGAAGCCAUCGAAUGGCGUUAUGGUAUUCCAGAGUAUGUGCUCACGGAUUUGGCGUACGUGAGGGGUCGGAUGCGUGAACCAGACACGACACCGCUCGCUUCGUACGUGGAGGAAUGCUGCCAGACUUUCAUUAUGGAGGCCAAGCAUAAAGCUCGCUACGAUCAGUGGCGCAGUGUGGUUCAGGAGAGCUUUUACUUGCAAGUGAACGACGGGAUUCAGGUGCUUGGCUCGUCAAUCCUCGAGAACGACAUGCUAGGACUGCUGUAUCUCGGUGAUGCUGACGCGACUCACGGAGACAGUGACGAAAGCCAAGACCCUCGAGCUGAACUGGCCGAAGCCUUCCCGGACGGCUUCCCAAUGGAGGUGUUAGAUGUCUUUACCCAGCCACCUCAAUGCUACUUCUCAUGGCGUCAUUGGGGUCCGUUCACAGGCAAGUACAGAGGCGUAAAGGGCGAUGGCUCCAAGGUGGAGGUGCGCGGAUUCGGCGAAAUGACGGUGGAUGCAAGCCGCAUGCGAAGUCUGCGACUGUUUUUCAAGCAGAAGGAUCUGAUCUCCGGUCUUCGACAAGUCACUGAUCGCGUGGCACGUGUACGUCGAGAAACUGCCACCAUUUCUGCAUUGAACGCAGUACCUGGGCGAACGGCGCGCGCCACAUCGGCCGCAGUGGCUCCUGUAUCGCGUAAAGAACCAGUCCUGAACCGUAAAACCAGUGAAAUUAUCGAAGGACUGGCAAAUUUUACCAUUGAGGCGAAGGAACAGCAACGGAAACAGACACGAUAGCGCGGAUGAAUGGUGGAUUUCGAGGAUUUUGUUUCCAAGUCGUCGGUUUUUGUUGUAAAUAUGUUGUGCAAUUGUGUUGACUAUUUACUGUUUGCGAAAUGAAAACCUGCAAAGUUGCCAUUUUGUGCUUUGGAA